CUUAGAUGGCAAAACGUUUUGUGCCAGAGACGUUUUUAAUUCCUGCCAGUCAGUCGUGUGCUAUUGAAGAACUCAGAAUUAAGUCUUCUUGAGGGGCAGCCCCGGCCGCACGGGAGGAGAGCUUUUUUGGCGCCCUUGGGCUCUCAGUCAUCGCUCGAUGUCUCGUGUUUGGGAGAAAGAAACAUGUCGGCAAAGGGCAGGGCGGAGCCUGAGGGCGAGCGCCGAGGGGGUGAGGUUGUGACACUGCAGCCUCUGGCGCUUUGGGAUCCUCCGGGGCGACGAUGGCUGCUCGGCUUCUCAGGAGACUUCGCGGCUUACAGUCGGUCAUGCAGGCACCACCGCGGCUUCUGCGAGCUGCGCAGGGGGCCGCCCGGAGCUGCGCCCUCCUCGGGUCCCGAGCAGCUCACACCGACACCGGUAGCUGCUCGGAGCUAGAUAAAGAUGUGGGCUCUUUGACAAGAUAUGAUGAGUCGAGCAUUACCACUGACUGGCAGAAGAAAUUGACUCCUGAGCAGUUUUAUGUCACCAGGGAAAAAGGAACUGAACUGCCUUUUAGUGGAAUUCAUCUGACUAACAUAGAGCCUGGGAUGUACCACUGCAUAUGCUGUGAUGCCCCGCUGUUCAGCUCGGAAGCGAAUUAUGAUUCCGGCACUGGGUGGCCAUCCUUUUCAGAAGCCUAUGGCAUGCAUGGCACAGAUGAAAGCAAAACUAAUAUCCUGAGACGGCCUGAUCAUUCAUUAGGAACAAGCAGCAUAGAAGUCAUUUGCAAACAGUGUGAUGCUCAUCUGGGCCAUGUGUUUAGUGACGGUCCCGAGCCAACUGGGCAAAGAUUCUGCAUCAACAGUGUUGCAUUAGUAUUUAAACCAAGUUCAAACCAGUGAGCUUUCCUCUUUACAACUUCUGCAUCGAUACAGCUUUGAUGCUCAGAUCUCAUUUGCCACAGAGGGCCACUUUGAAAAUGUAUUGAAAACCAGGUGCCUUUGUCUAAUGUGCCGGUUUUGUGUGUGGAGGGGGGGGAGAGAGAGAGAGUGAGAGUGAAGAUAAUUAAUGGAAAUGUGUGUGGGGGAUGCCAAGCCAUUGAUGUGAGAUGCACUGUACUUUUCUGUGAUGGAAUAUGCUCAUUUAAUAUAGCCAGAUUAGUCUUGAGAUCUGUACAUGCUCUUCAUGUGCAUGUGGGCUGUUUCAUUAAACCCAGCACAGACAGCAGACACCAUACUUAUAAAAGGAAUGUACAUACUGCAUUUGUUUAUCAAUUUUUUAAAAAUGUUGAUGAUUGUCUAAUUGUUAAUAGGUGAAGUAAUCAAUUAUAUGCAAAUUAAUGUACAGAUUUCCCAAACAUAAAUAUA